AUGGGUGUGUUUGCCGACAUUAUCGGCACCCUCUGCGAGCAUUGCUCGACCCUCUCGAUAUGGGCUUUGGGGGGAGCCGUCCUGUUGGCCGUGUUUGUCCUGUCGGUCGUCAUCAACGUCUUGCGACAGCUCCUAUUCAAGAACCCUCACGAGCCUCCGGUGGUGUUCCAUUGGGUCCCCUGGAUCGGUAGCACAAUCAGGUACGGCAUUGACCCAUACAAGUUUUUCUUCGAGUGUCGCGCAAAGUACGGCGAUAUCUUCACCUUUGUCCUCCUGGGAAAGAAGACGACAGUGUACUUGGGAACCAAGGGCAACGACUUCAUCCUGAAUGGCAAGCUCCGUGAUGUCUGUGCGGAGGAGGUCUACUCGCCUCUCACGACCCCUGUCUUUGGUCGUCAUGUGGUUUACGACUGCCCCAACGCCAAACUGAUGGAGCAGAAGAAGUUUGUGAAAUUCGGUCUCACCUCCGAUGCACUCCGCUCCUACGCUCGCCUCAUCACCGCCGAAGUCGACGAUUUCGUCAAGAACAGCCCGACAUUCCAACAGCCGAAGGGAACCUUCGACGUCUGCAAGACCAUCGCGGAAAUCACCAUCUAUACUGCUUCGCGUUCCCUUCAAGGAAAGGAGGUCCGCAACCGGUUUGAUUCCACCUUUGCCGAAAUGUACCACGAUCUGGACAUGGGCUUCGCUCCCAUCAACUUCGUCUUGCCCUGGGCUCCUCUCCCCCACAACCGGAAGCGGGAUGCGGCGCAGAAGAAGAUGGCAGAGACCUACAUGGAGAUCAUCAAGGAGCGUCGCCAGGCGGGUGGCAAGAAGGACUCGGAGGAUAUGGUCUGGAACCUUAUGUCGUGCGUCUACAAGGAUGGUACCCCGCUGCCUGACGAGGAGAUUGCGCACAUGAUGAUUGCGCUUCUCAUGGCUGGCCAGCAUUCGUCUUCGUCUACCGCCUCCUGGAUUGUCCUGCGUCUUGCCGAGAACCCCGAGAUCACGGAGGAGCUUUACCAAGAGCAGUUGCGCGUGCUGGGCUCGGAUCUCCCCCCGUUGACCUGGGACAGCCUGCAAAAGCUGGACCUCCACGCCAAGGUGAUCAAGGAAACCCUGCGGAUCCACGCUCCCAUCCACUCCAUCAUGAGAGCAGUGAAGAACCCGAUGCCCGUGGAGGGCACUCCCUAUGUCAUCCCUACCUCUCACAAUGUGCUGUCUUCGCCUGGUGUCACGGCCCGGUCGGAGGAGUACUUCUCCGAGCCCCUGAAAUGGGAUCCUCAUCGCUGGGACGAGACCGCUGCGCCGAGUACCGAGGAGGAGGAGGAGACGAUCGACUACGGUUAUGGUUUGGUGACCAAGGGUACGAAUAGUCCGUACCUGCCAUUCGGUGCCGGCCGUCAUCGCUGCAUUGGUGAGCAGUUUGCCUAUGUCCAGCUUGGUGCCAUCACCGCCGCGCUGGUGAGACUCUUCAAGUUCAGCAACCCCCCGGGAGCCAACAAGCUCCCCGACACAGACUAUUCGUCUCUUUUCUCGAAGCCUCUCGGCAAGUCGUACGUGCAGUUCGAAAAGCGCGAGACCAACACCAAGGCCUAA